AUAACAGAACAGGCGACAGUAAAACGGGAGUGGCGUGACGCCUACCGUUCGUUUCGUGUGUGUCUUGGUUUCACAAGAGUUGAGUUUGCCAAAGGGCCAAGGGAGAUAAGAAGAGAAAGAGGAAGAGGAAGGAAAAGAAGAAACAUGGAACCGACGAAAGCUGUGUUCUGAGUUCUGUGUCCCCUGUUCCCUGUGGUGUUCGUUCCCGUGUGGAAGCAAAGCUGAUGAAAUGGAAGGAUGGAAUGGAAUUGGAAUGGUUGCGUGCGUCUUCUCCUCCUGUACAUCUUUACUCUCUGUACUACAUGCGUACACGUGCAUGGGAGUAACAAGGGAUUCGACAGGCAGAAGAAACGGACAGAAGGGUGAUGGGAAUGGGGGCGAAUGGCGAUAUCGUCUGAGAGCUCCAGGGGUGACAACCUCAAGUGACAAGGUGACAAGGCGACAAAGAAUGGAAGUUACGGUAAACCAUCAGUCACCCCGCCUUUUCCUUUCCCUUGUCUCCAACCCCGUCCUCCGGGAACGCUCUACCGAACACCGCGAGCUUGCCCCAGUCUGGAAAGUUGUCCGUCGGAGGCCGGGACCCCUGGAUGGGGCCCAAAGUCUAAGUCUAACAAGUGGAGGCGACACCGACGAUCCAGGUCACCACCGGCCAUCCACCGGCACACCCAAGUUGUUGGUCACACUCAUCCAAUUAUACGGGAGCUAUCGAGAGAUCUAGUGAAAUCGAACACUUCGAAUCGAGAGAUGGGUGACGAGAGCCUAGCAUCCUUACUCAGUCAUGUAAUCAUGUACCAUACCAGAUGCAACCGUAUGCAGCACUGAUGCAUUGCACCGACCCCGACCGACCGGCCUCCGCCGUGCGUCUUUGAUACAUGUUGACACCGCGUCUGACCCC